AUGUCUGCUGACCCCCUUCUCUACCAGUACCGCACAAUCAGCCAGCAGCACCCUCACCAGGUUGCACUGGCAUAUCUAGGCAAGCUUCUGGCUUAUACGAAGGGUGGGUUCUGCUACUUGCCCGAUGAGCCCGCCCCCAUCGUAGCCCCAGAGCAAUAUCUAGACACGAUAUCAAAUAUCUCCGGUCUUCUGUUGAACGCAGGAAGCAUGCAAAACGUUGCCAAGAGCAUCUAUUCCCCACUAAAAUCAAAGUCUUCCAAGCACAGCAAAGUCGAGUAUGUUCUUUUGAGCAGUCCAGAUAAGUACUUCAUAUCCUCACCGAUGGAUACGCCAACAGGAAUCUUACUGUUCACAGUCUCCCUAUGUCCUCCUCUCUCUUAUCUUUGGCACAUAUACAUUAAGCUCAAGCGGAUAACCAGUCACAUAGGGUCGCCCACAUAUCCACCUAAGUUUGUCAAGCUAUAUAUGUCGUUCACCCCUCUUCUGAAGAACGGGUAUGUCUAUGAAUCCGACCCCUUUCCCAUCAGUAACACCGAUGAGGUGCAGUGCUUGAGUCUUCCCUCAUCCAUACCUGGGGCCCUCUUUGUACACGUAAUUCUCUGUGGAGCACGCCAGCAAUCUCCAGAGGAUGGUAAGUACUAUGUGGCAAUCGAACAUAUGGCGUUUAAUGGUGUCGUUGCCGGGAGCUUGGCAGCCACCGCAAUGCGGACUCUAGAGAUGUCCCGUGUGGGAAUACACAUGAGCAGGACUAGCAGUGUGAUGAUCCACGAUGUAAUGAGAAAUCACGUAUUGAAUACAUGCAACGCUCUAAGCAAGAUAAAUAUCAAUUGCUACCGGACAAUCUCUAAUUGGGCCACACGGAAAUUGGAUGCUCAGGCAAAGGAAGCUGGAGGCGUGUCCUGUUUGCAACUUUUCGAUAACCUAAAGCAAAAGGGUUUGCCAGAAACAGCAAGCACUAUGCAUCUGCCCACUAUAAACCAUAGAGCAUUGAACAUCUUAUCUCCCUCAGAAAUUCGCAUAUCUUCUGUACCCUCUGUGCACAAGAAUUUCAUCCUAAGUGCGCUAACCAAUGAGAUCACAAGAGAGGACUGUGAAAACAAUCUGCGUAUAUGUACCUCCAGAUACUGCGCCAAUUCUCUCAAAUGGAUCGAAAGCACUCUAGUGUACAUUGCAGUGGAGGCUAAUCAGUUUAAGUCCAGGCGCUCCAAAGACAGAAUGCUACUUCAAAGUGGACAGCCGUACUUUAUAGCUAAAAUAGAGUAUAAUUCUGCGUUUGCCAAAAGAUGGAACCUGGAUGCAAGUCAUGUUUCUUCGCUAUAA